CACACGAUUUCCAGUGGAGACUGGCACAGACGCAGCGCCACGAACACUCCGGUUUGUCUGUUUGCUACGGACCGCUGAAACUUCUGCGCAGAGAGGCGGAUAGAUCCAUCCAGCUCGUCCCAGAUAGUGGAUUAAAUUCACGCUUUCUUUUCUUUUUUUUCCUCCUUUCCUCCUCCUCCUCCUCCUCCUCUGGUUUCGUGUUACAAAGCCUUGGGAGGGAGUUGCGCGGAGAGCCAGUUCCUCUGUGUAGAAACUGAAUGACAGGAUCAUAUGGCUUGAUUUUGCCUUAUAGUCCAAGCAUUUAAAAAAUAGCGGAAAUAAGAAAAAGAGAAGAGAGGAAAACGGCGGUCCAAUUCAUCAGAAAUUGAUAAGGAUGUGGAAUAAUUUAUAACUGAGAUUCAAGAACAAAUCCGGUAUAACGGAGAAAGAAGAGAGGGGAAGAAAAGGAUACUGUCGGCGGAGAAAGACGGAGAGGAAAGCGCAGGACGCGUUGCUUGUGAUCAUCACCACCAUCACCGGAAUAACAAGACCAAUGUGACCUCCAUCUCAGUCAAGUGUCUCUAUUCAACAUUCACGAAGACGAGAGAGGCGAAAAAACUUGAAGGGAAAUAAAGAAGAAAGCACACAGACGCACGAGGGAGGAGAAGAAAAACAAGCUGCCAGGAGCCGGGCUGCUCUCUCGGGUCCCUCUGAUCAACUGAUUGAUCCCUCGAUCCAUCACUCAACGCCAGUUCCAACGAAUGGGAGCUGACAUAGGAGCCAUGGGCGGGACGAAGGUCUUGCUCCUGGUGUUUCUGGUUGGAUGGGAGAAGUCGAUGGGACUCAACUGGAACCCAAUCCCACGCAAGACUGUUCGAUACCAGGAUGUGUUGGACAGCAUGGCGAGGUUCAGCAUUCAGGGUGUCUUCAACUACAGCAUGCUGACUCUGUCCGACAACGAGAGGACUUUGUAUGUUGGAGCACGGGAGGUGUUGUUCGCUCUGGAUCCCAACGACAUUAGCAAACCGCUACGACAUCAGAUCGACUGGCCGGCUCCGCAGGAUAAGAAGAGAGAGUGUGUUGCCAAGGGGAAGAACAACCAGACUGAGUGCUUCAACUACAUCCGUUUCCUGCAGAGCUACAACGAAACACACCUCUACACCUGUGGCACCUAUGCCUUCCAGCCCAAAUGCACCUACGUGAACGCGGCCUCUUUUACCCUCAACACUGCAGCCUUGGAAGAUGGGAAGGGUAAAUGCCCAUAUGACCCUGCCAAGGGGCAUACUGGCUUGAUAGUGGAUAAGGAGCUGUACUCAGCAACGCUAAACAACUUCCUGGGUACAGAGCCAGUCAUUCUGAGAAACCUGGGCCAACAGCACUACAGCAUCAUGAAGAGCGAAUACUUGCCUGCCUGGCUCAAUGAGCCGGACUUCGUGGGGUCAGCCCUUGUGAGGGAGAGCAGCGGCAGUAAAGAGGGGGAUGACGACAAGAUCUACUUCUUCUUCAGUGAGCGAGCGUUGGAGCUGGACUGUGACACUGAGCUCACGGUGGCCAGAGUGGCCCGUGUCUGCAAGGGGGAUUGGGGUGGUACCAGGACCCUGCAGAAGAAGUGGACCACCUUCCAGAAAGCCCGGCUGGAGUGCUCCCUCCCUGAGCGUCACGUCUCCUUCAACAACCUGAGGGCCGUCUUCACACUGCCAGGCCAGGACUGGCGAGGGACCACCUUCUACGGCAUCUUCCACGCCCAGUGGGGUGACGUGGACGUGUCAGCCGUGUGCCAGUACCAGAUCAAUGAUGUGAAGAAGGUGUUUGAAGGAUCCUACAAAGAGUACAGGGAGGCAUCUCAAAGGUGGGGACGCUACACCGGUCCUGUCCCUGUCCCACGGCCUGGAUCUUGUAUAACUAACUCGGACAGAGAGAACGGCUACAACAGCUCUCUGAGGCUGCCUGACGCCACGCUCAACUUUGCCAAGAAGCACCCGCUGAUGGAGGACAAAGCUCUGGCUCGCCCCCUGCUGCUCACCAAGGGUGUCAACUUUACAAGGCUGGCAGUGGAUCGGGUUAGCGCCCUGGACCAGCGGUGGUACAACAUGCUCUUCAUCGGCACAGCGGAGGGCUGGCUGCAGAGGGUGGUGAUCCUGAGCUCUGAGGCCCACGUGAUCGAGGAGAUCCAGCUGUUUGAGACAGCCCAGCCAGUGGACAGCCUGACGAUCUCGCACUCAAAGAAGUACUUGUACAUCGGCUCUCGUUCGGAGGUUCUCCAGCUGCCCUUGGCUAACUGCAGCCGCUAUCAGUCUCAGCCAGACUGUCUGCUCGCCCGGGAUCCCUACUGCGCUUGGGACAGCGAGGGCAGGGCCUGCGUCCGCAUCGACCUCCACCGCGGGUCCACCUCCUCUCUGUCACAGGACCUCAUGCUGGAAAGGUUCAGCCGGGGAAAAGCCAAGUUUGAUAAGCCCGUCUCCAUCCCCAGCCCUGAGCACUCCCGUCUGAGGAACGUAACAGUGGUGGUGGGGUCUGACAUGGUGCUGCCUUGCCAGCUGGUCUCCAACCUGGCUCAGCCCUGCUGGGUGCUCAACGAACGUGAGCUUCAGCUGGGUGACCCUGAGGCAGGAGGGCCCCGCUUCGACCGCACCCUCAAAGCCCUCGUCGUCCCCGAAGCGGGCCAGAUGCAAGCGGGCCGAUAUGUCUGCUACUCUGAGGAGCAGGGGGUCAAGUUUCAGACUGAGCGCUACCAGGUGGCUGUAGUAGCCAGCGCUCCGGUCUUCAUGGAGGCCCGGGCUCCAGACAGCAGCAUGGGGCUCUUCUGGGUGCUGGUCAUCACCCUCGGAGCGGCGUGCCUGCUGCUUCUUGUCGCGGCUCUUUACCUCCGCCGGAGGCUGAAGCUGGCACUGGGUAAAGGAGCCGACAUGAAGCCUCUUGAGAGCACCCUGGUCUACCCCAUCACUCUACCCAAGGAGCCACCCACAUUUGUGCCCAGCAAGAUGCCCAGCGACGAGGACCGCUUCUGGGAGACAGGCGCCAACUACUACUACUCAGACGGCUCGCUGAAGAUCGUUCCCGGUCACGCCCUGGGGCCCAGCAGUGUCAGCAGCACGGCGUCGCCAAGCGCCAUUCCCGGCCAGCCCAUCCACUCCCCCAGCCGUCUCAGCCUCACCAAUAUUAGAGGCUCAGGUAGCAACGGCUACAUCCGCCUCAACCUGAGCACAGCAGGGGAGGAGAGGGCUAGCGGGGCUGGCGCUGGGGGCGGCGGGCUCGGAGGCCUGGGCAUGAGCGGGAACGACUACUCCAGUCCCUUCAAGGAAGAGCUGAGACGCACUCUGCAGCAGAGAAGCGUGCUGCCCGACGCCAACCCCGAGGAGUCGUCUGUCUAGGCCUGUCCUCCUCCGUCUCCAUUCCCUGAGUUGGAAAAACAAAACAACCAACCUACCUCCCUCUUUUUGAGGAUGCCUGCUCUCUCUCUCUUUCAAUGACACGCUGUCAAUUCCCCAAACUCUCUCUCUCUCUCUCGCUCUGCCAAUGCCUGGCUCACUGUUGACAUUUAUAGCACACAGCAUGUUAAAUAUACACACUCAUACACUGUGUUCGCCAACAUGCACUCCUAUAAUUAUAAUGUCUGGGCAACAUGCAGUCAUGGUUGUGGCUUUUCCUGCUUCCACUGUGCUAUCGCCACUUGUGUAAAUUGUGUAUUUAAAAAGGCUGAACACAGAAGGGAACACCUCAAGCAUGGAAAUCAAACAAAUGGUGUUACAUGUUUUCUGAAGGGCACAUUUCUUCGAGUGGACCAAGAGGUAUUUUAGCCUCUGUGCUGAAACAAGUUGACGAACGUUAAGUGCAACAGACUGGAAAUAUCAAACUGAUACUCUGUCCUUCUGUUCCUUUGAGACUUUUUUCAGCUUACUGCACUUAAAAACUGGAAGCGUGUCUUCCCUUUUUUGUAUUUGUGAGCCAAGAGUGUGAGAGCGGUAUAAAAAGACUAAUUAAUCUCGAAGCAAGACGACAAUCACGUCCCCGUAGCAGGAGCUCUGCGAGGGACAGAGAGGAGAGGAGAGAGAGCGAGAGACAAAGAGAGCGGAAAUUAAAUGGAAAAUGAAGUGAAUUGGAGUGAAAGACACAACGGGGUUUUUGACUGAAGGACAAUCUCUCAAGACUUUCUCUGCUCAAUUUGUAUUUUUUUUUCCCCCACGUUGUAUUUACCCCCAGAGAAAGUCAUUGAUCCCUUCUACUUUCAUUUGUUGUGAUGGUUGGUUUGAAUUAAGACAUUUCUUGUUGUUGUUGUUCUUUUUCUAUGUCUUACCGACGACAGCAGUGUUCAAACAGUUAUCAAGUGACUAAUGGCUCCCUUCUGUGAAUGACAAUGUGAGGGCAAGCGCUUACAUUCCUCGCUCAGCCCUGCACGGUGACCUUCAAACGCACCUUCAAGUCCAAUAUACUACAAGUGCACUCCAGACGACAUUUAUUAGAGUCAAAGUGUGUUACAGAUAUGUGUUUUGGCUGAGCCCUUUUGGACGUUUGUUCAUCUCUGUGGAAAGAAAAGGCUAUUUGCAUUCAGCUCUUAGCAGCGGAACAAUAACUGCACACUUAAUUCUAAAUUGAAGCUGACAUGAAGACAUUAGGCAUGGAGAAUGUAGUUGAACCCUCACUGUUGCGACCGCUGUGGAUGUCUCAAUAAGUGCUUUAUAUCUUAUGUGUAUGGUGAGGGUGGUAACUUGCACUGCCAAGAAAGAAUCUCCCCUCCCAAAUACACACACACACACACACACACACACACACACAGACACUCAAACACACUGUCAUCUGAAUGCCAACCAUCCUGGACCACAGUUUGUUUGUGAUGUACCCCUAAACCCCAUGGAACCCCUCCUUCUUACCGAUGCCCAGAGACUGACCCGGGGCUACUGUGGACUUAUACAGAGGAAGAGCACUGUAAAACACACCAACAGAAAAAGGACACACACACAGUGUUGAUGGAAGACAGACAGACGGACUGAUUGUUGCCGUGCUGACAAACUGCUGGCUCCAGACGGGAAGCAGCCGUGAGCCAGUGAAAGGCUUGGCUUUUUGUUUUUGGGACAUGUCUGUCGGGACCAGAGGAGCACAGCGAGAAGGAAGGGGAGGACAAAAAUCCUUUGUUUUGCCCCCACUGUGUACAGAGCGCUGAGAGAGAUGUAGAAUAUCAAAAUGAUCCCAAGGUUGAAGAGGUACCCAGCCAUCAGCACUCCAUCCUAGUGUUGCAUGAUCCUCUGCAAGUGGACUCUUGAUAUGAUCAUCCUUGUACAAGUGCAUCAUUUUGAUCAGCCAUUUUUGGACUUUUACAGACACUAAUAUUGUGGAAUAAUACUGCUCUCUUUGAAAAAAACAAAAAUAUGUCUGAUUUUAUGGUUCAAGGGUUGUACAGGAAUUCAUGGCUGCAUUUCAACAUGUUUACUUUUUCUGUGCCUCUUCACCUUUGGAUAAGCCAAAGUAGACUGCAGUUGCUUUUGUUCUUGUUAAAAUGCUUAAAUUAAUUUUAUUUGAUUCCAGAAAUCGAUAUUUAAGUCUCAGCAGUCCGUCCACUUCGCUACACUGAGCUGAUGUCUGCAACCUUCUGCAUAUUUUAUCUGCAGCUAAAUUCUCCCUCAAGCUAAAACUUGCCUCAAGCUUGAGGCCGAUGAUGGACUUCCUGUUUGCUUCCUGUUUAUAUGUCAAUAAUGAUUCUGGACCCAAAUCUUUAUCCCCUUAUGAAAGGCUGAGUUAUGUACCAAAAGUGUAACUAUUAUUUAAUGUCAGUCCCUGAAAACCAAACAAGUAUCUGUUGAUUUAACGCAGGUCGGUGUUAGAAUGUGCCACUUUAUAUUAUGACAUGCCCUGAAGCAGAAAGCUAUGUUAGCUCUAUACACUGGUACUUGUCUUAAUGUACUUCCCUUUUACAAUCAGGAAUUUUAUUUAAUAUAACAUGUUGCAAAAACUAAAAAGAUAAAGAAAUACAGGUCUCAAGCUUGGAAAAAAAUGCAUGUGUAAUGUACUUUAUGUACAUUUCUUCUGUUCUUCCGCAUAAUUAUUUGCUCAUAAUUUCUCUUACACAAGGCUUUAAGUUCUGCUGUUUUCUCACAUCAUUAUGUGUAUUAUUCUAUUAUCACCUCAAUUUCAUUUUGCCCCAUUUUUGCUUGUCUGUUUUUGAUCUUUUAUGUUUGUUUUUAAAAUAUGUUAAGUAACUUAUUUCACUUGUACAAACAUGUUGAUAUUUAUUAUCAUUGUACAUAUGUCCUUAUUUUU